AUGCGCAUUUGGCAGAUGCGCGUUGGUGGGUGGUUGGUGGGCCAGUCUGACGUUCUUUCAUUAUCUACGGGUGCGGUGCUUGGUCUUCUGUGGCGUUUGACCCUGGACUUGGACGGCCUGCACUCGAAUUUGUUUUGCUUUUCCGUCGCCCUUGUCAACGGCUGGCUGAUCGGCCUCCUGCUGUGGAUGCCGCUCCUUGUGUGGUUCAGCACCGUGCUGGACCACGUGUCCCGCGUGCGUUCACUGGGCCUCGAGGGCUUUUGCCUCGAGUGGGUGCUGCUGGUGCUGGGCCUGCGCGGGCCGCCGGCGCGGCACGCCGCGCAUGGAGACGAGAGCGCCGGCGCGCGGACCGUCCGCUCCGAGGCCGCAGCGG